UUGACGAAGCUGGAAGGGGGGCACUAGCGGGACCGAUAGUAGUGGCUGCCGUUAUCUUACCAACCGGCUUUCAAAAUUCACUAAUUCAAGAUUCUAAAAUUCUUAGUCCUAGUCAAAGAAAAAAAGUUUAUCGAAUAGUUAAAAAAGUUGCGGUAGAGUAUAGCAUAGCUUUUAAGAGUGCUCGAGAGGUCGAAAUAAAAAAUCCUUUAGGAGCAACAAAAGAGGCGAUGAUUGAAGUUAUUUUAAAACUAAAUAACAAACCUAAUUUAUGUUUAAUCGAUGGCAAAGAAGAAAUUAAAAUAGAAGAAAUCAAAACAACUAGUGUUAUCGGUGGUGAUCGGAAAUCGAUCAAUAUUGCUGCUGCCUCGAUUAUUGCCAAAGUAACUCGGGAUACCCUUAUGCAGAAAUUGCACAAGAAAUAUCUUCUUUAUAACUGA